AUGCUUGUGUCGUCACAUCCGGUGUCACAAAGGCUCUAGAAUAUUACCGUCGCUUCGCGUUCAUUCUACUGUGUGUAUUUAAGCGCGUGUCCUGCUGCUGGCGCUCUUUCAGUCUGUCAUGACUUCACAAAAUAUAUCUACAUUAACGUUCAUGUAAGCAUAACCCCUGAACGAGUGCUGGACGCGUCUACAAGAGCGUUAUAUUACAUAUCAACAGCGGCUGGACCUGUAGGUCUUCACCUGUGGUAGAGAGCGGCCUCACGGCCCGUCGUCAUGCUGUGCUGGGGGAAUGCCUCGUAUGGGCAGCUGGGUUUGGGUGGGAUUGAUGAGGAGAUAGUCCUGGAGCCCAGGAAAUGUGAGUUCUUGGAGGGCAAGCGUGUGAGGGAUGUGGGAUGCGGCAGACGUCAUAGCGUCUUUCUGCUUGAGGACGGGACGGUGUACACCUGUGGCUGCAAUGACCUGGGACAGCUGGGGCAUGACAAAGCACGCAAGAAACCAGAACAGGUCAUGUCUCUGGAUGCUCAGAACAUCGUGGCUGUGUCUUGUGGUGAAGCUCAUACUCUGGCUCUGAAUGAUAAAGGACAAGUGUUUGCAUGGGGUCUGGGCUCAGAUGGGCAGCUCGGCCUUUCAAACAUUGAAGAUCGUAUACGUAUACCAAGAACUGUGAAGAGUUUAUCAGAGAUUCACAUUGCCCAGGUGGCCUGUGGAAACUGCCAUUCCCUUGCUUUAGCCAGAGGAGGUCAGAUAUUCUCCUGGGGCCAAAAUAAAUAUGGACAGCUGGGUCUCGGGAACCAGGGAGCCAGCGUCUCCUCCCCACAAGUCAUUCAGUCUUUGCAUGGCGUCCCGUUUUCCCAGAUAUCCGCAGGGGGCGCUCACAGCUUCGGGCUCACGCUGUCUGGAGCUGUUUUCGGCUGGGGGCGAAACAAGUUUGGCCAGCUGGGCCUCAGUGACAAUGAUGAUCGCUGUUUCCCUGCUUUGCUGAAGACUCUCAGGUCGCAGCGGGUGGUGUACAUUAGCUGUGGAGAGGACCACACGGCUGUACUAACAAAGGAAGGAGGUGUGUUUACAUUUGGAGCUGGAGGUUACGGUCAGCUGGGACACAACAGCACAAACCAUGAGGUGAACCCUAGGAAGGUGUUUGAACUCAUGGGGAAUGUGGUUGCACAGAUAGCUUGUGGUAGGCAGCACACUUUGGCGUUCAUCCCCUCAUCGGGAAAGAUUGACUCGUUUGGUCUCGGUGGUAACGGACAGCUAGGAACCCGCUCGACCUGCAAUAGGAUAAGCCCCGCCCCUGUGAAGGGCUGCUGGCGAGCACACACUGAUCCUGUGCCUGUGGAAGGAGAGGCGGAGCAGAGUUUCUGUGUGAAGAGGAUUUACGCUGGAGGAGACCAGAGCUUUGCUCACUACGUGUUACCUCAGGACGACAGCCCUCCAGUUGACCUGAGGAUAACCAGACCUGAUGGACAGAUAUAUACGCUCAGUGAUGACCUCAUCCAGAAAUGGCUCAAUCACGGCCAUGGGAGACUAUCACCAGAAAUCACCAAUGAGAUUGAUCUUGUGUUCUCUUCAGCAAGUUGUCUCAAUGGAAGCUUUCUGUCUGGAAGUAAUCCAGAUCACUACAGCACUAACAGUAAGUGCUCAGGUGUAGACAUUAACACGGCUCGCCUGCUCUACCACAGACUCAUCCAGCCUGAUUACCCACAAAUCUCACAAAUUGUAGCUGCUAGUUUGGAGAAGAAUCUCCUCCCCAGACUGAGCAGUUCUCCUCCAGACAUCGAGGCUUUGAGGCUGUUCCUCACGCUGCCCGAGUGUCCGCUCCUCAGUAACCCCAACAACUUCACAACCCUCACUAUUCCCUUCGCCAACACCGUCGUAAGCCUGAAGGACGCCCCCCUCAAAGUGCUCGGAAACUGGUGGUCAAAGUUUGAGCCAGCGGUCUUCCAGAGGUUGGUGGAGCUGUACAAGGAGGUGGUGGUGUAUCUACUGCGGAUGCAGAAACUGGGAAUUCCUCUUUCUGAACAGAGGAUCUUCACCUGCUUCCUGCACACCUCGCUCAAAUUCCUGGAGAUCCUCCACUCGGUUAAUGAGCGUGCUGGCCAGAUCAUCCAGUAUGAUAAGUUUUAUAUUCACGAGCUGGAUGAGCUGAUUGACGUCAGGAAUGAUUAUGUCACCUGGUUUCAGCAGCAGAUGUUCUCUGUGGUCAUGGACUCUCAGGUGACCAUGUGCAAAUACCCAUUUGUUUUUGACGCUCAGGCAAAGACGGCGCUGCUCCAGACUGAUGCUGUGAUCCAGAUGCAGAUGGCGGUGGAUCAGGCUCAGAGACAGAACUUACACUCUCUGUUUCUGUCCGGUGGAGGAGUGGAGUCAGUAAACCCCUGCCUCAUCCUCAUCGUACGCCGAGAAAACGUGGUCGGGGACUCCAUGGAGGUGCUGAGGAAGUCCAAAAACGUUGAUUACAAGAAGCCACUGAAGGUGAUCUUCGUUGGAGAGGAGGCCGUGGACGCCGGUGGUGUGAGAAAAGAGUUCUUCCUGCUCAUCAUGAAAGAACUCUUGGACCCUAAAUAUGGGAUGUUCAGAUUCUACGAGGAGUCCAGACUCAUCUGGUUCGCUCACAAGACGUUUGAAGACAUCGAUCUGUUCCAUCUGAUCGGUGUGGUCUGUGGAUUGGCCAUCUAUAACCUCACUAUAGUGGAGCUGAACUUCCCGCUAGCGCUGUACAAGAAACUCCUGAAGAAAACUCCUACUCUAGAGGACCUGAAGGAGCUCAUGCCCGACGUAGGAAGGAGUCUUCAGCAGCUGCUGGAUUAUACAGAAGAUGAUCUGGAAGAGGCUUUCUGCCUGAAUUUCACAAUCACAGAGGAAAUGUUUGGCACCACUGAAGUUUUGGAGCUGGUUCCCAACGGGACAGACAUCAGUGUCAACAAGUCCAACAGGCAGGAGUUUGUCAAUGCUUACGUCGAUUAUAUAUUCAACACCUCCGUGGCUCCUCAGUUCAGCGCUUUCUACGCGGGAUUUCACAAAGUGUGUGGAGGGAAAGUUCUAGAGCUUUUCCAGCCCAGUGAACUGCAGGCCAUGGUCAUAGGAAACACCAGUUAUGACUGGAAGGAGUUAGAGAAGAGCACGGAGUAUAAGGAGGAGUACUGGGCCGAUCACCCCACCAUCAAGAUGUUCUGGGAAGUGUUUCACGAGCUGCCUUUGGAGAAGAAGAAACAGUUCCUGUUGUUCCUCACGGGCAGCGACCGAAUCCCCAUCCUGGGCAUGAAGAGCCUGGCGUUAGUGAUCCAGCCCACCGGUGGAGGAGAGGACUAUUUCCCUGUAGCGCACACAUGCUUCAACCUGCUGGAUCUGCCCAAGUACACUAAUAAGGAGACACUGAAAGAGAAACUGCUGCAUGCCAUCGAACACACCCAGGGCUUCAACCUCGUCUGAUGUCAGCCAGCACAAAACCAGCGAUCCACACAGGUACCACAUGCUUCAGCCUGCAGAGUUCAUCGUGUGACUGCCGCCUUUAAGGUUGUUUUCAAAAUUAGCAUAGAAGUGUUUAUUAUGCAUCUGAAUAAUCAUCAGUUACCAUUUGAAUAAAGGCACUUAUCUGUAACUACAGUGUCCCAGUGGGACUGAAAUAUGUAAGCAGUAUUUGUAUAUCAGAGUUUUGUUACUUACUCAAAGUUUGAGUGAUAUUUGUGUGCUAGUGAGCAUUAAACGGCUUCUUUUCUUUUUGCUUUUGAAGUGGGAGAGGGGAUAUAGUUCACCCAAAAAUGUAAAUUAGCUAAAGAUGUGCUCAUCCUCAGGUCAUCCGAGAUCAGGAUGAGUUUGUUUCUUCAUCAGGUUUGGAGAAAUGUGUCAUUGCAUCAGUGUCUCAUCAGUGGAUGCUCUGCAGUGAAUGGGUGCCGUCAGAAUGAGAGUCUGAUAAAAACAUCACAAUAAAAAUAAUGUAAUUUUUCAGCUAGUAUUCAUUUCUGGGAGAAAUACUCCUUUAAACAGGCAACACACUACAGUAAGAUUCUAUACAUUAACAUAAGUAUCAAAAAUGAAGAAAAGUAAUUUACAGAAUUUAUUCAUUUAUAAAUUCACCAUAGUGAACAAAAAAUAACAAAUGUUAAUUUAUAAAAACACUUGUUCAUUAUUCAUUCGAAAUGCAUAAACUACGGUUAUAUUGUAUUAUUAUUACUGUUAAAAUAUGUAAAAAAAAUUACACUGAGAUUAUUAAAUGCUAUUGUUUAUUGCUAAUGAUAGUAUUAACGAAUGUUAGCUUAUACAAUCUUUUUGUGGUGUUGACAGUAAGAAGUGCUUUUUUAUUUCAUUUAUUUACAUAGAAUAUGAUUUUAUUCUAAAUGACUUGACAAACUAGCGCCUCAUGAUGUUGGAUUUGUUAAAUGUGUGACUUUUGAAAGCAUUUUGGCACUUUGUUCAGAUUCACUUCAGGAUGUACUGGAUUAAUAUUGAUGCAGAAUCAAUCGUUCAAAGGAAGUGGUGUGUGUCCUUACAGGAUCUUAAACCACUUUUGUGUCAUGUGCCUUAACUGAAAACACACACAUAGAUUGUUUUGGGGUUUUCGUGUUUAUUUUAAGUUUGAGUAAGUAUCAAAAUCUGAUGAACGUGUCUGAAAACGCUGCUCAUGGCUGUUAUAAUGUUCAUAUGCUGGAGUGGCAAUGCAAAGUCUCACAGGUGUUUAGAAGUUUGCAUGGUUACAGAAUCAAAUAAAAUGCCACUGAUGACAUUCUAAGUAAUAACUCAUGUCCAAUAUUAAUAAUAAGUGAGUCUGAUGGUUGGAGUUGGAAUUAAACUAUAUUAAGUCUUAACCUGCUCAACACACACACACACACACACAUCUAUACUGUGUGAGCUUUUAGUUGCUGUGCCAUUGUGUGAGUGUUGAAGGAAGCAAUUAAACAAAUGCUGACAUUUUUUCUGUGUUUGUAAAUUGUAAAUAAAUGCAUUUUUUUUCUAAA